GUAGAAGUUGGCGAUAGUAAGAAAAGAGAUAGAGACCUAAGGCAGAAAAACAGUAUGAUUGAAUGACCGCUCAUCGAAUUCAUUGCUUGUCAUUACCGAUACCGGCGACUCUGGAGGAGAUUCCGAAUAAAUUCUAAGACUCAAAUCUAGCAUCGUCGCUAUGCCUAGAUGCGUAGUUUCGUUUCUGCGAAAUGUGAAAAACAGUAUCCCAGUUCUUAACUCUGAUACUGCUCCUGAACAUCGUGGGGACAAGAACAACAGCAGUAGCAACAUAUUGUAUCUUUGCGACGACGACUCGUCAGAUGAUGGGAUAGUUAUUUUGUCCAAGAGGCCAGAUGGUGGUUGGAGCGAAGACGUGGCAGGACAAACCUCUGAAGAGGACCGUAAUAGAAAAAGACCACCUCUAGAAGAACACCAAAAUAACCUAGUGGGCCAACAAGAAAAUGCGAAGGCAGUGCCUACAAAGUAGCAGUAGUAGCUCAUCCAUGCCGACAUCAGAUUUUCAUGCGAACGCAUUCAGGGAAGUUGUUAGCGGUAGCAGCAUCUCAGCUCGAUCAGGCGCUUUUGAAAACGAGACCGUGUCGAAUACAUCUAAGCGAUCAGAACUACGGAUGAUUGCCAGUGAAGCAUCAGCAUCACGUCAGAUGCAAGUUUAUACUCAAGCAGGGCAUCACAUGAGUACCAGCCAGUUGUCGCAGAUGCAGCAAACUAGUCAAGCAGCAUACCAGAUGAACACUGGUCAAUCAUCACAUCAGGCGCAGGCUGAUAUCAACCCAGCGCAGAUGCACAUUAGUCGAGCAGCACAGCAGAUGGACAUCAGUCAACCAUCGCAGAUGAACAUCAGUCAGCCAGCGCCUCUGAGUCAGAGUGUUAGCAUGGCUAGUGCCAAUAGUGACGAUGAAAUGGUAUGUGGAGACGACUUUCAGGCGAAGCGGAGACGCAUCGGUACAGGCGAUGAGAAGACGAGCAAAGAGUGACUUCAUUAGCAUGAUGGUUGGUCAGGGAGGGGUCAUCUGCCAACGUUGACCUUAAAAAGUUACAUUCCUCAAUAUAAUUCGCAAUUCUUUAACGUGAACAUUACAGUGUCUGAUUAUCGAUCCAGGACUGAGUAUUCAAGAAUAAGGACUUCAUAGAAGAUCCAACUCCAACUUUUCAUUUUGCGCAAAGAAAUUUAAAUUACGAGAACCAUCAAAAAUUCCUGACUCUGAACGAUUGACGCCAAAUAUGCAUUUUCUCUUAGAAGUUCAAGUCCUAAACCUUAAGCCCAAUGGCAACUAGUGAUCAGGUGUAGAACCUAAUGUAGACUUGGA